GUUUCAAAAGGGAAGUGUCAAAUUUAAAAGCAGCUGUGGUGGAUAAGAAUGAUCAGUCUUCUGACUUACAUUUACCACUAUCUUCUAACAAUAUUAUAUAUGUACUAGUACAUAUAACAGUUAGUGACUGUUUUUUCACUUAAAACACUGGUGGAUUGCAGAAUUUAACAAAAUGAUACCACAUGAUGUGGGUAACUCUUAUGAGAAAGGUGAAACCAACACAAGAUGGAAAAUGACUACUUGUGACCACAUUUUCAAAGAGGAAACUGAGGAAGAAGGACAUUUAGAAGUGCGAUAUAUCACAACAAAUGUGUAAAACUAUAGAAGACCCUGGCAGUAUAGUUGCACCUAUUGCAGCUGAGUGAACUUCCUAGUCAUGGAUCUGGGUACAAAUUCAUCUUCUGGUAUCCUUCCUAAUGUUUCUGCCUACAAUUUUGACAACUUUGAUGAUGAAGUAUCCAAAGAAGGCAGUGAUUUAACUGUGGAUGCUGUUCUAUCCACAGGCGGUACUGCCUUCAACACUAGUCACACCCAGUCUUCCCUCAGUAACCCACAGUUUGUGUCACAAGACAUUACACAAGUGCAACUGUUAGACCAAGAUUCUAACUCCCAACCAGUGGCAGAACUACAGGAGACAGAGGUACCUGAGAAAAAGGUCUUAAAGGGAGGCUGGCCUAAAGGCAAGAAAAGAAAGAAAUUAAAAGAUGUGAAUGCACCAAGGCAGCCAUUGACAGGGUACAUAAGAUUUCUGAACGAAAGACGGGACAAAUUCAGGGCAGAGCAUCCUACCUUAUCAUUUUCAGAAAUCACCAAAAUGUUAGGAAAUGAAUGGAGUAAAAUGACGCAGCAUGACAAGCAGAGAUAUCUAGAUGAUGCGGAGAGAGACAAGGCAAGGUACCUGAAGGAACUGGAGGCAUACCACCAGACAGAGGCGUACAAAGCCUUUAAGAAACAGCAGGAAAAGAAAGCCAAAAGUGAACUUGCAGAAGAAAAUGAUAGUAACCAUUCUGCAUUAAAUGGCUCUGGUGUGGAGUUGCUGACAGAAAACAUAAUGAAGGAUGAAGGGCAUAUACCAGCCUUUGAUAUUCCUAUUUUCACUGAAGAAUUUUUAGAUCACAACAGAGCAAGGGAAGUGGAACUGAGGCAGCUGCGCAAACAAAACACAGAGUAUGAAGAACAAAAUGCAAUCCUCAGUAAGCACAUAGAGAAUAUGAAGCAAGCGAUUGAGAAACUGGAAGUAGAUGCUGUUCAGCAGAGGAACAACAACAUGGCUCUCCAACAGCACCUAGAGAACCUGAGGAGUAUACUUACUACUAAUUUUGCAGCAGUACCUUUACCAGGCUCUAAUGAGGUUCCAAGCCUGGAAACUGUGGAUACAUACAUGGCCAAACUCCACUCCAUUAUACUGGAUACGCCGCAAGAGAAUGAGGCAUUGAUUGCCACUGUGAGGGAGAUUGUUGGGAGGCUCAACUUUGAGAGUGACAAGUUAUGACCCAAAGAGGCAGUGAAUUUCUGGUGAAGUAUUCAAAUGUCAAGAUCAAACAGGAAAUCAAAUGGGACACGCAGGCCAGCUGUACAUUUGGAAAGAUAAAUUACUGAAUAGCAUCGACAGUCUGAUGAUUGCAAUAAAAAGAAAUUGAAAGAAUUUCAGUCUACUUAAGACUAUAAAGAUGUGGAAUCUGUGUUGAAAACAACACAAUUUAUAAUGUAGAGAGUUCUUCAACUUUCUUGUAAAAUAAAAUAUAUCUUUCCUCCAA